AUGACCUCUCGAUCCAACGACCUGCCCUCAGGCAAACAAGACGAAGAACCCAAAGAAUACCGCGGCUCCUGCCUCUGCGGCCUCUUCACCUACAAACUGACUUCGGAUCCCCUCCUCUCUACAAUCUGUUACUGCCUCAACUGCCGCAAAUGGACCGGCAGUGCCUUUACAGCCGGCCUCGCCUUUCCACUGUCAUCCCUCAGACCAUCCGAGGAAUCGAAGGCCUACAUCAGGCAGUUCAUCGAUACUAGUCAGAGCGGCAACGAGCUGCAACGCACGUUUUGUGGUGAAUGUGGGAGUUCUGUGUAUACGGAGGUUCCUUGGGCGGAUGUUGUUUCUGUGGCAAGGGGUGGUUUGGAGGAAGGGGAGAAGCUGCCGGCGCCGAGCACGGAGUAUUGGUGUUGUAGGAAGGAGGAGUGGGUGGAUGUGAAGGAGAUUGGGGAGAGUUUUCAGAGGAAUGACUAG